AAAACCAAAGAGGAGAAACAUUUUGAUCUCAGAGGGUUUUCAUCUCACAAUCUUCUGUUUACACAAAUGACACUGACUGAUUUAAAGUCUGCUCAAAACGCGUAACUGUAAAUAUACACUUUUUUUACAAUAACAAGAGAAAGACUGUGAGAAAGACAAUGAUAUAGAGAAGACUUAAAUUGUUCAGUUUGCCUCUGUAAAAUGUUACAACAGUACUCUGAUUUUGUAGGAUAUAAAACAAAUGACAUUACACAGUUGCUGUACAUUCAAACGUCACCGGCCGUAAAUGCGUCAAAUAAUAAUGAUAAUAAUAAUAGUAAAGGAGGGAGCAGUUUAAAUUACAUUAUUGAACUUCACCAGCGGUAGUUGACAUAACAUAACAUACCAUAAGAGCAGUUGGCAAAAAGUAGCUGUCAUUUUGAUUUUACUUAACAAGCAACUCUUGAGCAACUUUUUAGAAUGUCCAGCAACUUUAUUAAGCAGCUUUUCAAGAAUUUUGGGGCAACUUAAAGAAAAUUUUGAGCAACUUGUGGCUGAAGCAACAUAAUAGAGAUAUAGGGAGGUCGCAGGCUAGACUGGAAGUUGACUUUUUUCUCUCCUUUAGUGGUCCGAGUCGAUGGCCGCAAUAAUAAAUAUAAAUGAAUAAAAAACGAAAAUCUUUCAUAAUUUGGCUCAGAAAACUGGGUUUAGUCAAGCAAAAUAUUUGCGGAUGCCUGUCGGUUUUUUCUCUCUCUUUUUUAUUGUUUGUCAUUUUAUUUCCUUCAUUUUUAUUAAUAAUAUAUCAACCUUUGUUUAAGUGGCUAGACUGGAUUUUUUAGGGAGCCUACUUCCCCACUUUGAGCGUUUACUACGUCCGCGAGUAAAAAAGAUAGCGGAAAAAGGUUACCACAGCUGUACUGUAUAAAGAUGAAAUUUUUUUUAUGAUUCAUGUUUUAUUGACAUCAGAGCUUUUAUCUCCCCUAGUUGCUUCGAUUAUGGCAAAGUUUGAACAAAUUCUAUGGGAGUGUUUUGGAAAUAUUUUGAAACAAAGUUUUAAGGGUCAUAGAAACAGUGAAUAAACAUGCUAUCGACAUAAUUAGCGUACAUCUAAAGAAAAUGAUGAAGUCUGGAAAUGCUGUUUCAUCUGAUAGUGAUUUGAUUCCAUCUGAAACUUUGUAGGAAAAAAGAGGGGGAUUUCUCUAAAAACAUUGCGAAAAAAAAAGAAUUUGAUAAGCCUACGAUCGGCUGCUUUCUUUACCAUUUUUGUUUUGUAAUUUGGUCCACGCCCACAAAUUUCACGGUUAUUUAGAAACCGCUCGAAAUUCGAUUCGGUUCCCCACUGCAAACGUAUCCAGAAAGCGGCGUGCUAUUUCCGUCGCUAUUGAUACUUUUAACUUAAAAGUUUGUGUGGGUGCUGACGAAGGGAAUGAUAUAAGUGACCACAUCUGGGCUUUGUUUUCCUUUUGCUAUAAUUAGCGAUGUUUAAGGAAAAAAGUGACAAAGGGGGGAAUGAAGCAUUUUAAAUAUCAUCUAAAACCUCGAUCGGCUAUAGUCACUUAAAAAAGUGUGCUAUUUGAGUGUAGACUAAUUAUAAUCCUAAAUCUUCAGACUAUUCCGGUUACGACUGAAUACUUCGGAUUAGUUUCUGUUUUCGAUAAUUAGUAGCGUUUACGAAAAUACACAUAAACAAAAACAAUAAAGGAAAAAAGACCCAAUAGUGAGGCAGGAGAAAAUUUUCAUAUGCAGAAGACAAAUCGUAACAUAGAUUUAUUCAAUUAUAUAACUUUCUUGGUUAGUAUAAGCGACCACAGGUUUGCCUUGGGACUAUUUCCUACAACACGGUGUAUCUCCCGAGGAUUUCAGACUGAUUCCUUGUUUCGCCAAGUUUUUUGGUAACGAAAAAUGCUGCCCACUAACAGGUUAGUGAACGGGAAAAAAAACUGAUUUUACAUCAGUUGUUUCGGGUGUGUGUAGCGUCAGUUUUUAUAUGUUUGCAGGUUAACCAGUUUCUCCAAAAUUGAGCCGAUGCCUUUCAGUAAAGAAAUUCACGAGCUUACUAUCAACCUUAAUUUGUCCGUGGACAGUGUUUCAAUCAGAUUAAUCGAUAACUCUGGUACACUGUUGGGUCCAAUUUUAGGGCUGACUUCAGAGAAAGUAAAACGUAGUGUGAAACAUGUUUCUAUAAGAAAAGGAGGCAUUUGAAAUUGGAACGUUCGCAUCUUUAACGUAAAACCAAACUUACGAUCUUUUGUGAUGCUUAGAAGCUUUGCAAAAUAUCUAAGCUAAAGCAGAAAACAUAGAAAGAAAACAAUUACAGAGGACACUUUUCAAAUAUUCAAUACCAAUUUCAGAAAAAAAAAAACUACUAGACAAGUGCAAGCAUGAUGUCUAAACAGUCCGUUUCUUAUCUAUUUGAUAAUUGUCACAUGUUUGGACAAACCUAAAAGCGGAGCUCACGUUAAAUACUUUUCCUGCCAGUUUAUAAAGACAUUCGCUAUUCAGUACUAUCAUCUUUAAUUUG